AUGGUUGCGAACAACGCUGAAUUUCUGGCAAACGAAUACGAAUAUGGCCGUGAAGUGAGACUUAGUGGAACUGGAAAGAACAGAACAAAGACCGAAAUGGUAAGUUAUGGUAUAUUGCAGCAGAUAGGUUAGAUUAGAUGCAGGUUGAUGUAUCAGGGGGAAGGAAUGGUUUAGAAUCAUCGUGGCGAGUUCCUGAGGCUAACAAGGACCUGUAGAGUUGUUGAAGACAUAAACAGGACUUAGAAACGCCGCAUAUCUUCUAAGCAGCUAUAGGUUACGCCGUAGUCCAGUUGAUAACCCGAUGAAACUCUAGGUGUCCAAAGAGCCGGUCCACAAGCGACCUCGAGAGCCCGCCGCUGAACGGUCGGGCUCUCAGUUCUCGCCCACGGCGCUCUUGAUCAACGCGCUCGAGUAUCUUUUCUUGGUAUUUGGGCUUCUCGCAGGUGUGCUGAGUGGUCUAUUUUCAGCACGAAGUGAAACAACCCAGCCUCGGCGGCCAUACCCGCAAACUGGUGAACAACUGGACCGCCAACGACCGCCGUCAUCGCGUCCACGCCAAGGAUAACUGA